CGUAACGCUGCACCAGUGAGCUCCGCGCGUGUUUCUUUGCACAGCAUCACGAUCGUGGCACGGAAUUUUAUUGUACGAUAUUGUUUUCGAUUUUCGCAGUGUCUACACGCGCCGGUUAGUGUCCACUUCGGCAACUUCGCCGAUAGAUGUGAUAUCGUGCCCACCGCCAAUUGUUGCUCCGCUGUAGGUCGCGGUGAUUGAUUGAUUUGUGUGCGGAAAUUAAAGAACGAAUCGCACGUCGUGUGGUGAUCGCGUCGACGACGGUGACGACGACAAAGUGCCAGUGUUUUUGCGUGUGGUUGUUACUCUGCUGUGUAGCUCGACAGCGAAAUGCCGCGAAACUCUACCACCAACGGAGGGAGGUACGACGACGAUGAUGAUCGCGUCUGGAACUGCGGGGCCUGGUUCGAGUACAUCCUGGUCGUCGUCGUUUCCUCGAUCCUGCUCAUUGCCGCCUCGGUGCUGACCAUCUUCUGGACGAUCUACUAUCGCAAGGGCUUCAACAUGGACGACCCCAAGCUGCAAUUUAACCUCCAUCCCGUGCUGAUGAUCGGCGGUUACAUCACGCUGUCCGGAUUUUCCAUCAUACUGUACCGGAUUUGCCGAUGCUGCUCGCACUUGAUCGUCAAGCUGUGCCACACCUUCUUCCACGCCUGCUCCAUACCGUGCAUAGUGAUCGGCUUCAUGGCCGUCUGGGACUCGCACAAUCAGCAGCAGAUUCCGAACUUUUACUCGCUUCACUCUUGGCUCGGCAUGAUCACGAUGGGACUUUUUGCGCUCCAGUUUGUCUUGGGAUUCUUCAGCUUCCUCAUCCUGUUGUGCUGUGAGAACGCAACCUACAAGUUCCGUUCCACAAUGGUUCCCAUCCACGCCAGCUUCGGUGUGGUCACGUUUAUGCUUGCCAUCGCCACCGCCGUUACCGGAUUGACCCAGAAGGCCCACUUUGAGCUUGGAGAAAACUACAAGGAAACCAUCGAGGAAGGGAUCAUCAUGAACUCGAUCGGCGUGAUUCUGACGGGCCUGGGCAUCAUCAUUCCGUUCGCCGUGCGACGUUCGAACUCGCCGGCCAACUGCAAGGUCUACGUCACCGAGCGCAUCUAAAUAAGCAAUUUUGAUAAAUCCAUGAACUAAAUGCAUACACUGGAUUCCGGUGCGAAACGCCGGAAGCUGGCUUAUUUUAUGGGCCACAAACCACGGGAGGAAUACGAAGCGCAGUAGAUAAGGUAUUGAUGCCGACGAAUGAAUGCCGAUUGGCGACACGUAAUUUAAGCGAACUGCGAAGAACUUUGGGAUGCCCCACAAAUGCUUUUUUAUUUAUCAAACGAGAGUUAGUGAACACUCAUUAAAUUCCGGGCACCACCGGACGUUGUGUGUGAGCAUUUUAAGCAAUCAUUCCUCUACCGUACUACUACUACAGGGCGCAACAUGAAGCGUGCCACCCUAUUCCGUUCCCGCUUGCUCUAGUUUUUGUACGUUGAUGUUGUUUGAAGAUGAAUGGCAAGCAAAACCGAAAACAUAUGUGAAAAAGGGAUGUCUGAGCAAUGCUAUUUAUUGACACACACAUGAUGGGACAUUGAUUUUCGCGCACGAACGCACCAUCUAGAUAGAGUUUACUUUUGAGCAUCAAUUUUCUGGAACGGAGACAACGCUAAAAGGUUGCACUCUCUUCAACCUGCUCCCCCUUGAACAUCCAAAGUAUAAACGAUUAAAUAGUAGUAGCAGCUCUUAAACAAAAAUCAUAAUUCAACCAAUCUUCGCUAACCGGCGUCGCAUUGAGCUAUUUCGUGGAUGAAAACCGCUAAACAAGCAUCGAAUCGAGCGAAUAAAAAAACACACACAUUUAACCGAUUAUAUGAUACAAUUUCUUCGACUCAUAACGCGCCAGCCGAUAAGUGGAGCUAUUCGUAAGUAGACGAAUAGUCAUAGCGAAAGAUAAACGCAUAAAGUACAUACAGAAAUCAUUUAGAAAAAAGUUAGUGAGUAAGCUAAAUAAAUCAAACGAAUCCAAUCCAAACCCUGCAGAGGAAAGUGCUAGUGCAACACAGGAACAGGAACAGACAGCGUUGUCCACACGGUGCGAAGGAUGCGCCGGGUGUGUUGGAACACUUUUGCUUUACUCCACCGUGAUGUGAACAUUUGCUCAUUUAAUGAAACGGAAUUGACUUUAACUGUUCUACUUCCAAUCAAUCGAACCAUCGGGAUUUCAGUAAAUAGCUAAACUAUUUUGCUCAACAUCUAAAAACCUAAACCGUUUUAAUGCCAAUCUCUGUGGGCGACUGAAGGAGGGCGCCAAACUGAACCACAAAUUGUUUUGAACCGAUACAAGGCGCAAUGGAAGUGGCAAUUUACAAAACCAACAUAUACAUAUAUUAAAGAAAAAAAAAACAAGAUGUGUGUUCAAUCUAAAGUAUAAACUAUAUAAAGGCGAAAACGAAAUCAAACUGAAUGUUCAACGUAACGAUGUGUCCAAAUGGAAAAACAAGUAUCAACAGCAGAACUGAUGCUGGAGAGCGGUGCGGUAUCGCGUGUGGCUAACCGGCGCGAAAACUGUGACACGUGCUUUUUUUGCGAGAUGCGUGUGCGCGCGUGAAGAAAGGAAAACCCACCAAGUUUUUUCAACACCUUCUCUUUACACAGAACGCGGCACGGCUCGUGGCAGGAAGCCACGCCAAAAGGGAUAGCUACAUUGCAUUAAAAUAAACCCCGAAAAUAUAUAGCGAAAACCUAGUGUAGCGAGCGAUGUAAUCAGACAUUUGAAUCAUAUUUAUGUAGUUCAUAAAGUCCUUCAAAAUCUCGUCAAAUUCACUCGGCUCCGUUCACUGUUUUGCGGAAACCGAACACUGUUAUUUGUUUCGUCGUUAUGUUUGUUCGUUUUACAAUUAAUACGCCAUACGGAAGAGACAACGGUGCGGUACAAAAACGAAUGGCAGACCAAUACUUUUACAACUUGCAAGUUUUUGAACGCGCGGGGGGGGCUACGGAAUCUCAACCACCUACCGGUAAAUACAUUAGACGCCAGAAUUAAAAACAUUGAACAAAACAAGCGAAAAAACAAAACCUACCAUCCGAACAACACAGUACAAUGCAAACACGAUAUAAAAAAGGGCAAUAUUUAUGUAUCGAGUACCGAUAAGUUUGUUGAUCAGUUGAUUCGUUGUAAUCCGCCGCGCAUGAACGCAAGUUCAGCGCAAGUGCUCAAAAUUUCGUGACCCACUUUCGUGUGGCCAGCGUUUCGUCGUUACUUAGCUUAAAACUGCAAUAACGGUGCGAACGGUGGAAGGUGGAAGUGCACACUAAUCUCUAGCGCGAACCGUUUUUUAUACAAAAGUACGAUGGAAACCGAUUUUGCUAUUGUCUCAUUUCCUAGCAAAAUGUUACAAAUAACCAACAGUGGAAAACUCAUUUCAUACAAUAAACACACGUAUAUGUAUAAUAAAUGAAUCUGUAGGAA